CGCGCCCGGCCACAACCAUGUUCUCCAAGUGCGUCCUGUUGAGAAACAACGGUGGAAUCUCAUGGCACUGAGGCAGAUGAUUGUGUUGCCAUAAGAAUCCUCACAGCGGGCUCGCUUGGUUCCCUUAGUCCCGAGUGCUCACCCACUGCAGCUUCCUUUCCCGUGCAGACAUGGCUUCAAGCACCACCACCACUGUCGUGAAGAUUGGAAUAAUUGGUGGAACAGGCCUGGAUGAUCCAGAAAUUUUAGAAGGAAGAACUGAAAAAUAUGUGGAUACUCCAUUUGGCAAGCCAUCUGAUGCCUUAAUUUUGGGGAAGAUAAACGUUGAUUGCGUCCUCCUUGCAAGGCAUGGGAGGCAGCACACCAUCAUGCCUUCAAAAGUCAACUACCAGGCAAACAUCUGGGCUUUGAAGGAAGAGGGAUGUACACAUGUCAUAGUGACCACAGCUUGUGGCUCUUUGAGGGAGGAGAUUCAGCCCGGCGAUAUUGUCAUUAUUGAUCAGUUCAUUGACAGGACCACUAUGAGACCACAGUCCUUCUAUGAUGGAAGUCAUUCUUGUGCCAGAGGAGUGUGCCAUAUUCCAAUGGCCGAGCCGUUUUGCCCCAAAACGAGAGAGGUUCUUAUAGAGACUGCUAAGAAGCUAGGACUCCGGUGCCACUCAAAGGGGACAAUGGCCACAAUUGAGGGACCUCGUUUUAGCUCCCGGGCAGAAAGCUUCAUGCUCCGCACCUGGGGGGCAGAUGUUAUCAACAUGACUACAGUUCCGGAGGUGGUUCUUGCUAAGGAGGCUGGAAUUUGUUAUGCAAGUAUCGCCAUGGCGACAGAUUAUGACUGCUGGAAGGAGCAUGAGGAAGCAGUUUUGGUGGACCGGGUCUUAAAGACUCUGAAAGAAAAUGCUAAUAAAACCAAAAGUUUACUGCUCACUACCAUACCUCAGAUAGGGUCCAUGGAAUGGUCAGAAACCCUCCAUAGCCUGAAGAAUAUGGCCCAGUUUUCUGUUUUAUUACCAAGACAUUAAAGUAGCAUGACUGCCCAGGAGAAAAGAAGACAUUCUAACUUCAGUCCUUUUGGGAAUUCCUGCUUAACUUGAAAAAAAUAUGGGAAAGACAAGACAUUAUGUGUAUUAGAGACUCCUAAAUGACUUGGACAACUUCAAAAUACAGAAGAAAAGCAAAUGACCAGUAAACAUGGGAAAAAAAUUUUACAUUUUAGGAAAAACAAAACAAAAAACACACCAUUUUCUUCUCCCCACUCUUAAAUUCGCAACGAUGAAGGGUAGAGGGUAAUCUCUAUUUUCCUAUCCUGCCAAAGAAUAUGAGGAAGAAAUGGGACUUUUUGGUUAUUUAGUGAUGCGACUGUAAAUUGGUACAUUAUUUCUAGAAAGCAAUUUGGUAAAAUGCAUCAAAAGGCUUAAAAAUACUGGCAUACUUUGUGCUGGGAACUCUACAUCUAGGAAUUUCUCUUUAAAACCGUAUCAGAGAUACAAACAAUUAUGUAUAAAGAAGCGUGUUUAAUAAUGAUAGUGAUAAAAGCAAAUAAUUAAAACAAUCUGAAUACCAAGCAACUGGAGAUAAAUUAUGUCUUAGUUAUAAUUAGAUUGUGAAUCAGCCAACUGAAAAUCCUUUUUGAAUAUUUUACUAUCCUAAAAAGAUAUGGUUGCUCUAUAUAUGAAAUGAAAAAAUGGAUAUGGUAGCAUUUUAUAGUACUAGUUUUGCUUUAAAAUGCUGUAUAUAUAUA